AUGGAGAUUUCGGCUACUUUAAAAAGUGAUAUCAAAAAUAUUUUGGCUUUAAAGCUUAAAGAGUAUCCAGACUUAGAAAGUCAAAUAAAACAAGAUUUAUGUGGAAUACAAAAACAUAUUAUCGAGUUAAAUGAUAGGCAAAAACUUUUGCUUCAACAAUUUAGAAAAGAAAUUGAAGAAAAUAUAAAUAACAAUCAGUUUGUUCCAGUUUUUAAUUUUAAUUUAUAUAAAAUUAAACCUGGACAAUUGGAAUCGAAAAAAAGAAGACGAAAAGAUCUAAGUUUGGCACCUAAAGUGAUAUCAUGCAGGCCCACUCAUAGUCCACCCUCUCUUUCUCCUUCCCCUACACCUUCCUCUAGUUCCUCAUUAUCAGAUGAUAGCGUAGAAUAUAUUUCUCCAUUUAUGUUGCCUGUACCGGUUCCAAAAGCUAGGCCAAUGCUUUUACCCGAUGUCAAAGAAAAUGUAUACCUGGGAAGUGUUUCAAGAGAUUUAAGGCCACCUAAAUUAAAAAGAAAUCAAAAGCCUCUAUCAGAUGAAGAAGUUUUCAAAGAUAUUCCAGUUUACUAUGAUCCACUGCCAUCGCCUCCUCCAACUGAUGAAAAAGACUUGAAAGCCAGAAAAGUUGAAAGGAAAAGAAGAAGCACAGCAACAAACAAUCCCAAUUUUGUUUACAACAAUGAUUGGGAAAUACCUGCUUGGAAAAGAUCUAGAACCUAUCUUUCGCCGCAUAAAAUUGCAAAAGUAGAAACAUUGGGUAAAAAAAUGAAAGCGGAAGACGGUGGUGAUGGUGGGUUACCAAUUAAACAAAGUAAAAAGGAUAGAAAUUUCGACUAUGAAAAAUCAGGAAAAAUUUAUUCUGAAGGUAUGCUUAAUGUAUGUAAGGACUGCAGUGUUAGCUACCAUUUAUCUUGUGUUUCUCCGAAUUCAUCAUCUAUAUCUUGCCCCUGUUGCAAGCAUAAAAGAUCUCCCGAUGAAGCGAGUAGUGAAGAAUCAAGUAAAGAAGAAUUUGUGUCAAAAUGUCCUAAUGUCGCAGAAAAAAGAGAAAAUUUUAAAAUAGAAUUAAUGGCAAAAAAUCAAGAGCUUUACAGUCAAAAAAGAGAGUUGGAAGAAAAAGCAGCAGAACUAUCUGAAGCGUUACUGCUUCAAGAAGAUACUAAAAGCAAUCUUUUGAAAGAAGAAGAAAAAAUAUUGAAAAAAAUUAAAAUAAUUAUUGAUUUUGUAACACGAUAUCAAAAAGGAAAUGAAAAAAAAGAAAGUACUAGUGUUAAAGAAGAAAAAAUAUCUGAGAACAACGAAAUGCAAGUUUCCGAUAACGUCGAAAAUCCAAAAAUUGUUGUGAAAGAAGAAGAAGAAGAAGAAGAAGAAGGAGAAGAAAAAGUCGAAGAUGUAAAUAAAGAAAAAAAUAAUGAUGAAAUAAAUGAAAAUAAUGAGAAAACAAGAGAAGGAAAUUGCGAGAGUCCCGUUUCGUGGAAGGAAAACGAGGAUAAUAAUUCUCAGGCUAAUUAUUUUAGUCCUGAAAGAUUUUCACACGAAAAUAUGGGAGGAUUCUCUCCUAAGGGAUACGAUAAUUGUGAUAGUUCAUCUCAAAUGUCAAAAGAAAGUUUAGUCAAUGAUAAUUCAAACGCGAGAAUCGUCGGUAGUCCACCGAAUUCUUCAAAGGAUAGCGUCGGUAAUGCAUUGUUCGAAUUAGACGAAGGAGAUGAUCAGUUUACGUCUCAAAGUGUCGAAUGUUCAGCCGAAUCUGAAGGAGUGGAUUAUGAAUCAUCUUUAGAAUAA